GUGCGAGUCAACUUCCCUCCUAUAUACAUUGUCAAUUGGGCAGUACAUUAGGAUUUUGGAAGACCUGGAAAUAAUCAAGUAUGGCGUCUGCUCUAGCUUUAAGCAGUAGCCGAACAACUCUGAUUUUCUUGCUCCUUUCGCUGCUUGUUCUGUCAAACAUACUUGUGGGCGUAAAACCUAUAGAGAACAGAUUCCUGGCAAGCUUUUGUUCAACCAAUAGUAGUGACUAUACAGAAGGAAGCAAAUUUCAGUCAAAUCUUAACCGCUUGCUGUACAGAUCACUAUACAAUAACGGUGGCAAUUUCAUCUAUGCAAAAGCCAGUGAAGGAGAAGACCCUGAUAAAGUACAUGGAGUAUUCCUCUGUAGGGGAGACGUCGCACCUAAAGACUGCCAAAGCUGCAUUGACGAGGCAACUGAGGAGAUCUUGAGCGCAUGUGCUCUCAAGAAACAGGCAAUUGUAUGGUAUGAUGAGUGUUUGAUCCGCUAUUCUAAUGUAUCUUUCGCCUCCACCCUGGACUACUCAGGUGGUUUCAUUUUGUAUAACACAAGAAACGUUUCGCGGCCAAAACAAUUUAUGGGGAUUUUGGGUGCAAUGUUUGAUAACCUUACCUAUCAAGCUACUUCAGUUAAUCCCAACCUUAAAUAUGCUGCAAAUUCUGAUGAAUUUGAACCGAUUCAGAAGUUGUAUGGCAUGGUGCAGUGUCUACCUAAUUUGUCAGCUGCAGAUUGUCGCGCUUGCCUGAAUACUGCUCUUUCUGCAAUCAGUACUCUACUCUCUGACGCCAGAGUACCACGCGGAUGCAGAGUUCUAUAUGCAAGCUGCAAUUUAAGGUAUGAGCUAUAUCAGUUCUUAAAUCCUGCUGGACGGGAGCCAUCGACCAGCCAGGGUAACAAGGAUAAAGGUAAUCCUGGCGGACAGGGUCCGGGAGCACCACAGCGAUCGACCAGCCAGGGUAACGAGGAUAAAGGCGGAAAUACCUCGAAGACAGAGCUUAUUAGUAUCAUCAUUGGUGUUAUAGCACUGUUGGCUGUUGUACUGGCAGGAACUAGUUUUUACCUUGUGAAAAGAAGAAGACGUAUAGCCAAAGAGGGGGAUGAAAGUAAUCAAGAAACUCAAUUGCUUAACAUGAUAGAAGAAACACUUACUGAAGAUUUUUCGAAUGAUGAUUUUAGCUCCGAAAAGCAGGCGAGGUCCAAAGAGUUUCCAGUUGUAAAACUAGACCUCAUUCGUGCUGCUACACAAAAUUUUUCUGAAGAAAACAAGCUUGGAGAAGGUGGAUUUGGUCCAGUGUACAAGGGAAAACUAGCCAAUGGCAUAGCAAUUGCAAUCAAGAGGCUCUCUAGAGCAUCUGGUCAAGGGCUGAAAGAGUUCAAGAAUGAAGUCAUCUUAAUUGCCAGAUUGCAGCACAGAAAUCUCGUGAGGCUCUUGGGUUGCUGCUUAGAGGGAAAUGAAGCAUUGCUUAUCUAUGAGUUCAUGCCCAACAAAAGCUUGGACUUCUUCCUCUUCAAUUCAAGAGAAAACAAGAUUCUGGAUUGGAGACAGCGUCUCCACAUUAUUAAGGGAAUAGCCAGGGGAAUUCUGUAUCUACAUGAGGAUUCUCGACUGAGAAUCAUUCAUAGGGACGUAAAAGCUAGCAACGUUUUACUGGACAAAGAUAUGAACCCGAAGAUAUCAGACUUUGGAAUGGCAAAGAUGUUUUGCGGAAAUCAAUGUGAAGCCAAUACAAAUAGAGUUGUUGGAACCUAUGGAUAUAUGGCCCCUGAGUAUGCAAUGGAAGGACUCUUUUCUACUAAAUCAGAUGUUUUCAGCUUUGGAGUUCUGGUCCUUGAGAUAGUAAGUGGGAGGAAAAACAAUGGCUAUGUUUCAGAAUAUGGUCAGAGCCUCCUUAAUUUUGCAUGGAAAUUGUGGUGUGAAGGGAAAGGAUUAGAGCUUAUGGACCCUGGCUUAUCGCAGUCCUGUGUGGCAGCUGAUAUAACAAAAUGCAUCCAUAUCGGGUUGCUCUGCGUUCAACAAGAUCCAACAGAUAGACCUACCAUGUCCUCUGUAGUUUUUAUGCUGGAAAACGACCCUCAAACGCUUCCACAACCAUCACAGCCUGCAUUUUCUAUUGGGCGAAUUGUCGUGAGAUCAGCUGAUCAGCCUCCAUCUAAUGAUCACUUGUGUUCGGUUAACGAUGUCACUUUAUCAAUUCAAUCACCCCGAUGAUAUAUAUAUUUAAAUCUUAUCCAGCUGUUGUUCUGACAAUUAUAGGGCGUCAAUUCUUCCACAAGGGGUCGUUCAGUUGGCAGAUAAGUUAAUGCAGAGAUUAUCAGACAAAAAUUACAAUAUAAGGAUUAAUAAUUCUGUAUUAUCUAGUGCAUAUGCAUUUCUUAGUGGAUGUUUGAUUCAUAGUAUUAAAAUGGGACAUACAUUGUAUAAUCUAAAACAUUAUUUGGUUUUA